AUGGACGAACAACAGACGACAGAGAAUCAUCGAUGCGUCUGCUUAGAUCCAAGCGGAAACGUCACCCUCGCAUUCCCCGACAAGAAGGGCUCAACAAGCAUACAAUUUGUUGUUUCUUCCCCGGUUCUCGCACUCGCAUCCAGUUACUUUCGUGUACUUUUCGAAUCAAAUUUCAAGGAAGGUCUCGAAACCAAGGCGGGUACCUUCCCCAGGAUCGAAUUGGAAGAGGAUGACUCCGAAGCCAUGGAAGCGAUUUUAUCGCUGCUGCACUUUCGGAACGGCACAGAAUACACUACGAUGAAACCCGAGAAGCUUGCAGCAAUUGCGCUUCAUUGUAACAAAUAUCAAUGCACCAACGCUCUGAGGCCCUGGCUCCACCUUUGGUUGGAUUCGGAAAAGGUUCCAAAAGCGUACGAUAUUGGCUUUCUGCUCUCCGCGGCGUUUUUCUUCGAAGAUGCAAAGCAUUUCAGGCGCAUUUCUGCCCUGGCGAUCCGCCAUGUCGAUAUCGUUACUGCCUCGCUGUGGCAAGAGCAAGACGUGACAGCGCUGAUGGCUACUGAGCUCCACAGUAUGAUAAUCCAGUCAGUCCGCCUAUUGCUCGAUCGCCUACAGGGCAUAAUGCAUUCCGGUGAGGAAAUGCUCGAAGGCUCAUUGAGGGGCUACGAGAUGGCGGGCCGGGUCUGUGACCAAUGCGGCAGAAAGCAUCCGGAGACCGCUAAGAAAUGCCACCCAUGUGGAACUUCCGAAAUUCACAAAGUGUACUGCACAAGCCAAUCGCGCGUGGCAGAGUAUUUUAUCCUACUCCGGCAGAAUAACUUAUGGCCGUCUGUCACACGAUUUCGGGACUCCGCAGCUGCAACUCUGGCAGCACAGUUUGGGACGGCAGCCAGCGCCUGUCGUCACCAAUGCAGCGCCGGGUCUGAAUGCCCAUUACGGACAAUGCUUGAUCGCGUAUCUCGGGAAAUGAAUAGGGUACUCGACAACAUCCAAGGGGUGGAGUUGAAACCAGAUUUGGUACCUACAUAUCUCGCGUCAGAAGUGUAG